ACCCAGAUGCCGCUCGACUGUUUUGCCCUACUUCUCGGGCACCAAGUUCUGCACCGGUGCGGAGUUCCUUCCAUAAAAAGGACGGCAAAUACCAAAGAACCGAGGCGAGUUCUACCGCCAGUCUCAUUCCAAGGCUUUUGCAGGUAUCCUCGCCUCUCGCUCCCUGUAUAAAACAAAUCGCUCAUCGUCUCAGAGAGACAGAGAGGGAGGGGGAGAGAGAGAGAGAGAGAGCGAGAACGGGGGAAACAAGAGUCGAGGGAGGAGAAGCUUCCGAUGGCGGAGAAGCCCCAGCCGGUCCGCGUCCUCUAUUGUGGUGUAUGCGGCCUCCCGGCGGAGUACUGCGAGUUCGGGCCCGACUUUGAGAGGUGCAAGCCCUGGCUCCGCCAGCAUGCACCGGACCUCUACCCCGACCUCCUCAAAGAGGCGACCGAGAAGGAGGCGGACAAGGCCGCUGAUCAGCUGCAGGCGGUGGGGAUUUCUGGCGAAGGUGGCGGCGGAGGCGAGGCUUCUUCAGGUACUUUAAUUGGGGCUGCCCUAGGACCUAAGCAAGAAGUGAAACGCCUUCCUGGUGGCAAGAUAAAGAAGAAGGAAAAGCAAGAAGUUGUUAUUGAAAAGAUUAUCCGCAACAAGCGUAAAUGUGUGACUGUUGUGAAAGGCCUAGAGCUGUUUGGUAUAAAACUAAGUGAUGCUUCAAAGAAGCUUGGGAAAAAGUUUGCUACCGGAGCUUCUGUUGUUAAGGGCCCAACUGACAAAGAGCAAAUUGAUGUCCAAGGGGACAUAGCUUAUGAUAUUGUGGAGUUCCUUACUGAGACUUGGCCAAAUGUGCCUGAAACUGCAAUUUUCUUUAUUGAAGAUGGCAAGAAGGUUGCUGCUGCCUAGUUUUGCAUUUUAAGGGAGUAAAAGUUGCCUGUAAAAUCUCAUAUUAGUAUAUGGAGGAAUUUGCCUUUGAGAAUAUUUGAUCAUUUCUUUAUCGUACGUCUACAAAAUUAUGCCCUUGUUGUCAGAUGGAUGAUUUUCCUGGCCUAAGAAACCAUUUUAUGUUUUGUCAUGACAUAUAUGGGAGUCAUAUGUGGAUUUCUCUCCCUGUAGGUUGCCUUGUUCUGUUACAGGGCUUGUUUUUGAUCAUAAGCAAGUGCACUGUGCAAUAAAAAAUGUUGCUUGUAUCAAUGCUAUUUUUCUGCUCUUUGAUGUU